AUGCAAUCUGUGUCGUCCUCAGGGGGAAGGAGCAGACCUGGGUCACGACCCAACUCACCCAACACCACCUCGCCUGAUGACCCACUUUCUCUCAACACCAAAAGCUCGCCUCCCGCAACAUCUCCAACACAUCAGUACGUGACUUGGAUCGGUCACCCACAACGCGCAUCUUAUUAUAAUAUAAUAACACUUCAUUUAUAUAAUCUACAGAUCAAGGCGACUCGGUUAAUGAACUUUUUAAAGUACUGCGGCAUCGGCGCGACGUCUAGAUCGCAGCAGCAAGAUCAGACCUCGGAGUCAAGCAGCGGGACCCCAGCGCCCACACAUGCGGCACCAAACGAUACCAACAAUAACAACAAUUCAGCUUCGCCGACAAAGAACUCUGCAGAAGACGAACAAGAGGACCUCACACAACAGACCGAACCGAUGGAUCACGUCGAGCCCGAUACGAUUCAUACACCUGCUCACGAUCUUUCCGAUAAGGUUGACGAACAAGAGAAUCCGACACAACAAACCGAACCGAUGGAUCACGUCGAGCCUGAUGCAGCCCUAGCAGCUGCUUUCCUCAAUCUUUCCGAUGCCGACGACGAGUCUGCUGUUCCCUUGGUGCCCACAAGCCCUCCUUCGUCCCGUGGCUCUCGUUUGCAAAACAAGCCUAUCCGUCCCAAGCCGACCGGUGCUCUUAGUUCCAGUACAGAUCAGGAACAGAAUCCCUCAAGACUCCUGGGUCCGACAAACUCUACACAGCCGGAGGAGACUCAUUCAUCAAAGAAAAUGACAGACAGCAAGAAGCGAAAGAAGCCACCUACGAAACAAGGGGGCAAUCCCAAGCAGCUCAAGAAGACCAACACCGACAAGAAAGGUCCGUCCGAACCAAUUGAAAUCAACUCAGAUGACGAGUCACUGAGCGACGAAUCAAGCGACAGCGGCGGAUCAAGCGACGCACUCAACGACUUAUUGGACGAACUAAGCGACGAACCUGAGAACUCGGAUGAUGAGGAACAAAAGACCGACGACGAAAAGCAUCUACCUAGACCGCCCAAAAAACCAACCGAUGGGGAACUCAAAGUCACGGGUUCCAAGAAGAUCAGCCAUCCCACAGAUGAGCUCGAAGAGGGACUGGGCGAAGACGAAGCUGGGAUAUUGAAGGAUGGGGAGGUGCCCGCUCACAUCCACAUCGGGGACACCGACGAGAUUGUAAGCAAAGGUCCGAAGCCAGAUCACAACACGAUGGCAAAACCGUCGGUCAAGGAUAGAGCAGACCUUGAGCAAGGCAAACCAAAAAAGGAAGUGCCAAUCAAGACCUUCCAGCUCAUGAUCCACUACGCUAUGCGAACAGUCGGCCUUGAUUCGGACGAAUACCCAGUCAUCUUCAACAUGGCUGUAAAAUAUAUCAGCAGCACCAACUUCUUCCAGGCCAAGGUCUUCUCUGGCUGGGGCGCACAAAAGCGUAUCAACACCGAAGCAGAUCUGCUACGCGCCGCAAGUGCGCGGUAUCCUCACUACGUCUUGACGAUGGCGCCCGACUUAAUCCUCUGCCUGAUCGCGGCGAUGGACUUGAGGCCCGAUGCAUAUGGGGAGCCGAACGGACGUGGAAUCACCAUCAUCGGUGGCUUUCAUGUCUUUAACCACUUGCGGUCGGCGAUUGAGCUGGGCGAAAUGAUCUCUUGGGGCAAGGGAUCGCGAGGCCAGCUCCUCAUGCUUGGAAGAAGAGGCGAGGAGGAAUCAGUGCCGCUUGAUCUGCCGGUUCCAAAGUCGACCAAGGCACAGACCAAAAAGCGCAAGAAGCUCUCUGAAGCCGUUCCAGAGCCAUUUCCAGCAAACGCCGUAAACGUUCAGCAGAUACCGACUGGAUUUAUGCAGCCUUACCCAUUCCAACCGACUCUGCCAACAGCACCGAUUACAAAGGUGAUCACAGCGGAAGAAUGGGACCGACGAAAUGCGCAUUGGCUGGAUAGACUGAUGGACCCAGAAAGCACGAAGGAAAUGUUUGGGUCGACCAUCGAGGAAGAGGUUACAGAAGAGAUCUUCCCACUCAUCUCUAAGGCUCGCCGUAAUGUCCUCAAUCGAUGGGCAAAGUCGGAGGACUUUGACCUUGACUCGAGAUUACUUGAGGCCCCGAUCCUCCCACAGGUAGAGGUGGAAGACGACAUCAGCCAAGAAAUCCUCAACGUCGAGACCGAUACAGCCCGACGGUCAAUCCGGGCCAUUGAGACCGUGGCUUUGAGCCUACCAAAGGCUCAUCAGAAAACAGUUGCUGUAAUCAAGCAGCAUAAAGACCGACUGUUUGCUUGUCGAGACCACGAAAUCGACAAUCAUACGCUGAUGGCCCAAAGCGUAGCCAAGUUGCGUGAAUCUUCGUCUGUCAGUCGAGCAGAGGUCAACGGCCUAUUUGUGGCUAACGAGACUCGACUUCGGCGUCGAGUCGAUCCUGCCCAGAUGGCACGAGAUGAAGGAUUGGAGGCGCUGGAAGCGGAUAUGGAACACGCUUUAAAGACCCCGACCGUAGACGGACCAGCGGACCAGCUGGUCGUGUUUCUGAAGAGUCAUUGGCGAAUGCGUGAUGAGGAGAUCACAGAUUGGAAGGGCAUGGCAAACUCGGUCUGUCAUACCGCAAAGGAUGCUGGUCAUCCUAUCAAUCAGACCGACCAUGCCACUUGGAACAACUACAACUGGGAUUCUCUUCUGCGCCUGGCGUUUCACCGGGGCGGAAAGGCCUUGGUCACACUCUUAAACAUCGAGCGUUACGAUCCAGAUGAGGCCUUUUUGGACCUACGAAACCAGUGGUAUAAAGACACUCUGACCGACGAAGAGUACGACGAAUGGAUUAAUAGGUUUCCCAUCGAUGAGGAACCUUAG